UGCCACUGGUCCUUGACAGAGCUCACAUCAGCUUCCUGACACACACACACACAGCGGCAGUUGAGAGUCUGUUAGCGGACACAAACAGCGGGUUUCGCCAAAUGAGCGGUUCAGCGCUGCGUGUGCAGCAAAAGGGGAGAAGCUGCUCUUUUCCCGGCGCUGAGACCGCUACUCACCGGAGCGGCUAACGGCCGAGGAGAUGGUCGGCCUCGGUGUGUUUGAGGAAAGCGGGCGGUCAGAGCGGCGGAAGAGGAGGCGGAACGAUGGCGCGCUGAGGCCCGAUGACAGGCUGCACACAGCGGACGACCAGCAGCUGACGGCGAUUCAAGAGGCGUUUCCUCCCGACCAGGAGGACGAGCCAGAGCGUCCCCACAUUAAAGAGGAAGAGGAGGAACUGUGCAUCGAACAGGAGGAGACUGAUAUCAUUGCGGUGAUCGUCAAGAGUGAGGAAGACGAAGAGAGACCCGAGUCGUCGCAGUUUUAUCAGAGUCACACUGAGGAGAACACAGAGGACUGUGGAGGACCAGAACCAGGUCCAGGUAGCGAGGAUGAGAUUGAAGACAGUGACGUUCACUGGAAGGAGACCAGUGGGCCGACGAGUUUGAAGACAAUAAAAAAUAAAAUUGUUUCUCGUGAUACCAGAGGUAACAAAGGGGAGAAACUUAGCUUUUCUGAAUGGGGUCAAAUAUAUACCAACAAAUCACUGCUACUGGGACACAUGGACACUUAUUUUCAAGAGAAACCGAUAGGUUGCUCUCAGUGUGAUAAGAGGUUUAUCCAAAAGAGAAGUCUGAUCAAACAUUUGAAAGUCCACACGGGUGAGGUGUCGUUCACCUGCUCCGAGUGUGGUCAAAGAUUUACCAAAAAAAGCCUCUUGAGGUCCCACGAGAAAACCCAUAAAGGAGAGAGACCGUUUGGUUGCCCCGAGUGUGGUAAGAAAUUUAUUAAUAAGAGCAGGCUGAGGUCGCAUGAAAAAAUCCAUACGGGGGAGAAACCAUAUAGUUGCUCUCUUUGUGGGAAAAGGUUUAUCCAGAGGAGCAAUCUGAGGUUGCACGAGAAAACCCACACAGGAGAGAAACCGUUUAGUUGCUCCGAGUGUGACAAAAGAUUCAGCCACGAGUGCUAUUUAAAUAUACACAAGAAAAAUCACACGGGGGAGAGACCGUUCAGUUGCUCCGAGUGUGGAAAACGAUUUAUUGAAAAGAGCAAGAUGAGGCUACACGAAAAGAUUCACACGGGAGAGAACUACAUUUGCUCCGUGUGCGGGAAAAAGUUUAUUCAAAAGAGGUAUUUGAGGAAACAUGAGAAAAUCCACACCGGGGAGAAACCAUUCAGCUGCUCCGAGUGCGGCAAAAGGUUCACGGAGAAGAGCAGUCUGGGGUCGCACGAAAAAAUCCACACGGGGGAGAAACCGUUCAGCUGCUCCGAGUGCGGGAAACGAUUCAUCCAAAAGAGUAAUCUGAGAAAACACGAAAAGAUCCACACAGGAGAGAAACCGUUUAGCUGCUCGGUCUGCGGCAAGAGAUUUGACAAGAAGAGCAACUUGAGGCCACACGAAAAAAUCCACACGGGGGAGAAACCGUUCGGUUGCUCCGAGUGUGGGAAAAGAUUUAUUCAAAAGAGCCAUCUGAAGAAACAUGAAAAUACUCACGUGAGGAAAAACAGCUACGGUAAAAAGGUUUGAUAAUUGAAAAACAAAACUGGAGACAUCAUCUCAGAGACAUCAGACUGAAGAGGACGGAGAAGACGGCGACGGUUCUGAAUUCAACCAGGAAGUGAGGACAA